AUGGAGGACCAACUAGUGCAGCUGCUUUCCGCAACCCAGACGGCCCAAGAGGACACGCGCAAACAGGCUGAACAGCAGCUGCUCUCGCUCUAUGGCCACCAGGAGCUCCCCCUGGGCCUGAUUGGCAUAUCUUGCCAUGAGAGCGUGCCUCUCAACAUCCGCCAGGCUGCCCUGUUGUAUCUCAAGAACCUCGUCCUGGCAGGAUGGAGUGACAGCCUCGAGGGCUGGAAGGGACAGGUCCUGAUAACAGACGAGAACAAGGCUAUAUUACGACAGCAGCUUCUCACGCUCGCCACGUCCGACCAGAUCGACCGCAAGCUCAAGGCCGCCGCAGGCCUCGUCGUCAGCAAGAUCGCAGCCGCCGACUACCCCAUCGAAUGGCCCGACCUGCUCGACAAUCUGCUCAACCUGAUACCCAAUGCAACCGAAGGCCAACUACAUGGCGCACUCAGGGUGCUUGGCGAGCUGGUUGAGGACUCGUUCAAUGAGACUACAUUUUUCAGCGUGGCACCGCAGAUGAUCAAGAUUCUAUACGAUGUGGCUACCAACGACCAGAGGAAGCCGACAUUGAGGGCGCUAGCAUGUAAGGUCUUCCACGGCUGCUUCGACAUACUCGAGAUGGUCAUGGAUGAUCACAAGGCCAUGGUCAAGAAUUUUGCCGACGAGGUGCUCAAGGACUGGAUGCCUUUCUUCAUCAGUGUCUUGAACACGAGGUUACCAGGUCCGCCUUCGAUUGAGGAAGAAGAGCAGGAUGCGCCCAAUACCAUGUUGUACAAGGGUCAGAUUGCUCUGAAGCUUCAAGUGGUCAAGGUCCUCAUGCGCAUCCGCUCCAUCUUCCCCGCCAUUCUUUCGCCGCAAAGUAUUGUUCUCUUCCAAGCAUGCUGGCAGGAACUUUCAUUACUCGAACCCGCAUACUCUCUCAUGUACAUACAAGAAGACCGCCAAAGUAGGCUGGAAGACGCCGAUGGACUGCCAUACACCCUGGAUUUCCUCAUCCUCGAAGAGCUAGACUUUAUGCAAGCAUGCCUUCGCGCACCGCCAGUCCGCAGUCAACUCGAACAGGAACUUCAAAACCAGGCACCCGAGAAUUCUUGGGUUACUCAAGUCAUGAAGCUGGCCGUGGCCUACGCACAAAUCACUACUGAGGAGGAGGGACUAUGGGAUGUUGAUGUCAACAUUUUUCUGAGUGAGGAGACCAGUGUCACAGCAAACUACACCCCUCGAACGGCUUGUGGAGAUCUCGUUAUCAAGCUCGGUGAAUGGCUGACAGAGCCGACGGUCAAUGGCCUGUUGACCUACACCAGAGCACUUUACUCCGAGUCAAAAGGCUGGAAAGCAGAAGAGGCCGCUCUUUACGUUCUCAACCAACUACUGGGCGACUUCCAGGACGUGGACAAGCAAAUCAGCCCCGAGGCUGCGACUGGCUACGUAGAUUUCAUCCGUUAUGCCAUGCAACAGCCUGACGCGUUCCUUCGAGCACGAGGCUACCUGGUCGCUGGAAGCUUGACAAGAACAUCUGGAGACGCUCUUCAACAGCUAGCUACAUCUUUCCUCGAGGCAAAUCUGCAAGCUAUUCCAAAUGACGACUCCGACGUUGUCCAGGUUUCUUGCAUCCGAGCUCUACAACACUACCUCCAGGCACUCCCACACUCGGUUACUCAGCCUCUACAAAGUCCGAUCAUAUUAGCGAUUAGUAAUUACCUUGCCGCACAGGACAUGUCAGAACUCAACGACGGCGACGACAUCAUGAUCACUUUGGUUGAGACCCUGAGAGACGCUAUUCUCAUCGACACCCGGAUCUGUAUCACGGAUAACGGCCUUGAUAUGCUCUUCCGAGUGGCCAGCCACCAAGCCUCCAAUUUCCAAUUGACCAUGCUGGUUGUUGAAGCGUUCGAAGAGGUCACAGAAACCAUUGCUCGCAUGGGGGGCGACGCGUACAUUCAGCUUUGUGCAAGGGUUCUUCCGUCGCUCACAGGAGCUUUCGAUGUUGGUAGCCUGACGGAAGAGAAUGCUCUAUGUAACUUCGCUGCCGAUCUUCUUGCUGUGCUUGCUGAACAUGGACCUGAGCCGCUCCCGGCUGGUUUCGUCGCUACAACCAUGCCGAAACUCACACGACUUCUUCUUGGAUCUACUGACGAGGAGCUACUCAAGUCUGCUACGAUUGCGGUGAAGAACAUCCUCUCGCACGAUCACCAUCAACUCUUUGAAUGGCGAGACGACACUGGCAAGGCCGGUCUAGAGGUGGCUCUUAUCAUCGUCUCGCGCCUGUUGUCAUCAUGCAGUGACCAUGCUGCCGGCGAGGUCGGUGCUCUUGCUGCUGAAGUAGUAGAAAAGGCUGGUCAUGAGCGGCUUGGCCCUUACCUGGAACAGCUCUUGCGGAGUGUCGCGGUGCGUCUAGCGCAAGCAAGCCAAGCGAAUUUCAUUCAGAGCCUGACACUUGUCUUUGCACGCUUGAGCUUGAACCAUGCCUCUGAGGUAGUGGACUUCCUUGCUAGACAAGACAUUGACGGCGAGAAUGGACUACAAGUCGUGCUUGCAAAGUGGCUCGAGAACUCGAUCAACUUUGCUGGCUACGAUGAGAUUAGGCAAAAUGUUAUUGCUCUCUCGAAACUAUAUGAUCUGAAGGAUCCUCGGGUUGCACAGGUCCAGGUACAGGGCGAUUUGGUCCCGAACACAGAUGGUCGUAUUAUGACUAGAAGUCGCGCCAAAGCUAAUCCUGACAAGUAUACAAUAGUACCUGCGCCUCUCAAGAUACUUAAGGUCCUCAUAGUAGAGCUCCAAUCGGCCUCUGGUGCAAAUCUCGAUGCAGCUGCAGCCGCCGACCUUGCGGAGGAAGGCUCAGACGAUGGCGACUGGGAAGACGAGCCCAAUCCAUUUGUCGACCUUGGCAGUGGCUUCAGCAAAGAGCAACUCAUGGCAUUCGCUGCCGAGGAGCCUGGCGGUAGCGGUCGUCAACGCGACGACGAGACACAGAGUUUCCUUGUUGAAUUCUUCAAGCGCGCUGCUACCACGCCGGGUUUCGCUGAAGAAUUCAACCAGCUCAACGAAGACGAGCGACAGCGAUUGCGGGAAAGCGCUGCCUAAGCUCUGGUUUGAUUAAAAGCUUCCUAUCAGGCAUGGGAAGUGUCUUGAAGCGAUUGCCGGGCAGGAACUCCUCAUUCAACAUGGAUAUCGUAUGUAGACUAAUACGCCAGUUUGGGCACCUGUGGUGUCGCCCAUACAGGUAUGGCUCCCCUUUUCUUUCUGGGUUCAAGGUACAUAGAUGGUUGAAAGGGUGAAUGAUGGCGAAUCCACGAUAUGGGACGGAGGAAGCAACGAAAACAAAAAGGUAGGAUAAGUCGUUGAAGAACUAGCAUAGUGUUGAUGAAGAUUAUAAAGGAGGGAGUUCUUGUGGCGGCUAUGUGUCUUUGAAAUCAAAAUCCAUAUGACCGAGUGGUUUUGCAGUCACGACUGCUUUUGCUUGAGGUGUCGUGAUUGUGUUACGCU